AUGGCUUCCGGCACAGCUCCUGGGUCUUCUGCACCCUCGUCAAAUAUCAAUUCUCCGACCUUGGCACCUGGGAAUGCGCCGGUACUCCCCGUUCCUCUCUCAGAUCUCAACGCCAGAUCCUCGCCAGCCCCAGCCAGCACUGGAUCGGUCCAAGGCGACACGGCUCGCGCCAAACGCAACAAACGGGACAGUCGCAAGAAGCGCGAAGCCAAAGGCUUAGAUCCGGACGCACCGCCGCCCAAAAAGCGGGCGACCGCCGCUCCCAGCACCGCUCUCCCCAGCUCCGAUCUCAGUAUUCUCCGCCCACUCCUUCUCGCCGAACCUCGCCAGUCUGAUCGCUUUCCUCCUCCUACUCGCCAAUUCAAUCUUGUCACCAGCAAGAGGUCAGAGGUGCUGGGCCAGAGUUGGGACUUUUAUGAAGUUGUGGAUAAACUCACAAACAAGAAUGGAUUCCGAUAUACCUACGCCAUUGCGGAUCCUGGAUUUCCGCAUAUUAAGUACCGCCAGACAGAUGUCCGGCCAUACCAUGCACGAUUCAGCUUCGAGGAUUCCCCAGCCGCGAUCUCGUUCUCGAAAGACGCCACGGCGGUGGCGACAAACGAUUCAUGGCACACAGCUAGGGCCAAUGUUUGCGCACGAGAGGGUACUUUCUACUACGAGGCGCGAAUCAUUAGUGGCAUGGUCAAAGACUCUGAAUCAACACCGCACAACGGCGGUCCUGGUACUGCUCCGCGAGGCCAUGUUCGGUUUGGAUUCGCUCGGCGCGAAGCCGAUCUCGACGUCAACGUCGGAGUGGACUGCUACGGGUAUGGAAUUCGAGAUGUGAACGGAGAAGUGGUGAAUCGGAUGCGGUGCGAGUAUUUCUUCCCCAAGGGUGAAGCCAUUAACGAAGGCGAUGUCAUUGGCAUGCUUAUCACUCUCCCGCCGCUGUCUCUACACAAGAAAAUCGUCGAAGGCACCUUCGACCCCGCUGUGGAUGGAGACGGCAGCUCCAGCUCUUCAACAAAGUCUCCCGUUGCGUUUAAUCUCAUUCGAGAUCGCAUCCCCUUCCAUUGGAAAACCGACUUUUGCUGGCAACAGUCCAAUGUCUUUGCGACCAAACAGCUCCGUGACUAUGCGUUUAAUCUCAAGGAAACUCCAACUUUCGGUCCGCCCUCUCCGCUGAAUAGUGAAGAUGCCUCCCUUCGGACACUUCCCGGCUCUAGCAUUACCAUCUUUAAAAAUGGCGUCCAGAUGGGCACGCCGUUCAAGGAACUCUAUGCAUUCCUACCUCCAGCGAGUCGUCUCGCCAAUGGCACGAAUAAUCUUGGGAUUGGCGAGCGGGAGAAUGCUGAUGACGGUAUGAUUGGCUACUAUCCCGCUGUGAGCUGUUACGGCGGCGGUGCGGCGGAAUGCCGCUUUGAAGGCCCGUGGUGGGUUGGUCCCCCUGAGCGCACCGAGACUGGAGAGCCUAUCCGAGCCAUGGGUGAGCGAUACAAUGAGCAGAUUGUUGAGGAUGUGCUGGCCGAUAUUGUGGAUGAAGUGGAAGCCAUGUUCACCUGGGGUGGUGUCGACGGCGACGUGAUUGGGAAUAACGGCACCGAGGGCCCGGACGGGCCUGGGUCUGGUGUGGUCGGUGGAUCCGAGGUUUUACAAGGUGGUGUCGGCGCUGCGCUCGACUCGGCUGUGUCUGCUCCCACGCCUGCUGGGGUGUCCGACUCGGCAGCCAACAGCAAUCACCAGACGCCGACGGCCACCGGCGACGCUGCAGGGAACCCGCCACUGGAAGAUGCGAUGAGCGCGGGCACUCCCCACCACGCCGUGGAUCCUUCUGUCGGUGCGGACGCUCCUGUAGCAACAGAGGCUGACGGCGACGUAGAAAUGUCUUAG